GAGAGCUGAGGAGAGGUUAGCUGUCGUUACGAGGGUAAAAGAAGUGCUACGUUAUGGAGAAAAAAAUAAUAAAUAUUUUACAAUUUUAUCUUUAUCUCUGUCGUCUAUCUCAUCUCUAAUUCGGUGAAGAGGGAUCUGAAGAUAAUAAAAAAAUGCUACUAUUGAUACUUAGUAGUGACAGUUUGGGUUUAAUUGGAAUUGAGAGAAUUAGGGUUUUAGUUUUACACUAGUGGAUGAGUUGUAAACGAGGAUAGUGUAUUCGUCGGGAUAAAUUGUGAAUUUUUUCCUGUACUUGAAGAGCAAGAUUAAUACGUAUUGUUUUGAUUUGAGAGAAGAAGUAGAGUUCGAAUCGAUACAAACUACAGCAUAACCGAUUAGAGCAGAAUUUUCAAUAAAGCGUGUUGAGCACAAGGGAAAUGGCUGCAAAACCAGUUGAGCCUCCAAAUGGGGUUAGGGUUCCGGGGAAGCAUCACUAUUCCAUGUGGCAAACCAUCUUUGAGAUUGAUACCAAAUAUGUGCCAAUCAGGGCCAUUGGUAGAGGGGCCUAUGGAGUUGUGUGUUCUUCUCAUAACAGGGAAACCAAUGAGAAGGUUGCAAUUAAAAAGAUACACAAUGCCUUCGAAAAUUGUAUUGAUGCCCUGAGAACUUUGCGCGAAAUGAAGCUUCUGCGCCAUCUUCACCAUGAAAAUAUUAUUGGUUUGAAAGAUGUCAUGAUGCCUAAUGAUAGGAGAAGAUUCAAAGAUGUCUACUUGGUCUACGAACUCAUGGAUACAGAUUUUCAUCAGAUUAUUAAGUCCUCACAACUACUUUCAAAUGAACAUAGCCAAUAUUUCCUCUUCCAGUUGCUUCGAGGGUUGAAGUACCUCCACUCGGCAAACAUUCUUCACCGGGACUUGAAGCCUGGGAAUCUGCUCAUCAAUGCAAAUUGCGACCUCAAAAUUUGUGAUUUUGGGCUCGCACGUGCCAGCACCAUGGAGAAGGACAAGUUCAUGACCGAGUAUGUGGUCACUCGCUGGUAUCGGGCGCCAGAAAUCCUUCUCUGCUGUGACAACUAUGGGACCUCCAUUGACGUAUGGUCAGUUGGAUGCAUCUUUGCUGAGCUUCUUGGCCGGAAACCGCUCUUCCCCGGUACAGAGUGUCUCAAUCAGCUCACGCUGAUUGUUAACAUCCUUGGCACCCAGAGCGAAGAAGAUCUAGAAUUCAUUGAUUCUACAAAGGCAAGGAAUUUCAUUACAAAAAUGCCAUAUACUUCCGGAACUCCCUUUGUUCAUCUGUUCCCGAAAGCCCAUCCUCUAGCAAUUGAUUUGCUAGAGAAGAUGCUCGUGUUUAAUCCGGAAAAGAGGAUUAGUGUCAAUGAAGCACUCCAACACCCAUACAUGAAUGCACUAUACGAUCCGGGGAGCGAGCCUACAGCCCAGGUUCCAAUUGAUCUCGACGUAGAUGAGGAUUUAAAGGAAGAGACGAUAAGAGAGAUGAUGUUGAUGGAAAUGCUUCAUUACCAUCCUGAAGGUGCUGCAGCCAAUUUGGAGGUAAGCUCUUAACUUUUCCCCUCUCGGUUUUUGGGAGUCCACGGUUGGUGGUUGUGGGUAUUUUGAGAGAGAGAUCAGUUUAUGUUUUUAUUGUUAGUUCCAAUAAUCUUGAGGAGUAAUGCAUUAGCAGUUUGUGCUGUUAAAGCAUAAUGUUACUGAUGUUCUCUUAUGAGAGCUCUUUUAUGAAGUUGUGUAUCAGUAGGUGAGGUGGCCUCUUAAAAGUUGUAUAUAGGUGUGCUGCAGGAACUUUUUUGUACAUUAACAUUAGGUUUAUGUAUCAUACUGUUAUGAAUGUUUGUGUUUGUAUGAAUCUCUCUCUUUGUAUC